UAUAUAUAUAUAUAUAUAUUCCUAGAUUCGGUGCUAUAUUAACUUGUAUCUUGUGUUUGCUUGCUUCAAGCCCCCCAUCACAUUCAUCAUUUGCUGCCAAAUUUAGAUUGAAGUUCUAUCUAGACAGAGACCUGUCUUCUGUGUUUGGCUCUACAGACAGUUUUCAGACAACCAUGAAUGCAUUAGUUGCAACCAACAGAAACUUUAAGCUGGCAGCUCGGCUUUUGGGUUUGGACUCCAAGCUUGAAAAAAGCUUACUAAUUCCUUUUAGAGAAAUCAAGGUUGAGUGUACCAUACCCAAAGACGAUGGCACUCUGGCAUCUUUUGUUGGGUUCAGGGUUCAGCAUGAUAAUGCUAGAGGCCCCAUGAAGGGAGGCAUCAGAUACCACCCAGAGGUUGACCCUGAUGAAGUAAAUGCUUUAGCACAAUUGAUGACUUGGAAGACAGCAGUAGCUAACAUCCCAUAUGGCGGGGCAAAAGGGGGCAUAGGAUGUGAUCCAGGGGAAUUAAGCAUCUCUGAGCUAGAAAGACUUACUAGAGUUUUCACCCAAAAGAUACAUGAUCUUAUUGGAAUUCACACGGAUGUUCCAGCACCUGAUAUGGGAACAGGUCCACAGACUAUGGCAUGGAUACUAGAUGAGUACUCAAAAUUUCAUGGCUACUCACCAGCAGUAGUGACAGGAAAACCUACUGACCUUGGUGGAUCUCUAGGCAGAGAUGCAGCUACAGGACGAGGGGUGCUCUUUGCAACAGAGGCACUUCUCAAUGAGCAUGGGAAGAGCAUCUCUGGACAACGAUUUGUCAUACAGGGUUUUGGAAAUGUGGGAUCUUGGGCUGCCCAACUGAUUAGUGAGAAUGGUGGGAAAAUUGUUGCUGUAAGUGACAUCACUGGAGCCAUAAAGAACAGCAAAGGACUUGAUAUCCCAAGCCUACUCAACCAUGCCAAAGAAAACCGAGGAGUCAAAGGUUUCAAGGGUGCUGAUCCAAUUGAUCCCAAUACAAUAUUGAUUGAAGACUGUGACAUUCUCAUUCCAGCUGCUCUUGGAGGUGUUAUCAACAGGGACAAUGCAAAUGAAAUUAAAGCCAAAUUUAUUAUUGAAGCAGCUAACCAUCCAACUGACCCAGAGGCUGAUGAGAUAUUGUCAAAGAAAGGCGUUGUUAUCCUUCCAGACAUAUAUGCAAACUCAGGAGGUGUUACUGUUAGUUACUUUGAGUGGGUUCAGAACAUCCAAGGAUUCAUGUGGGACGAGGAGAAAGUGAACAAUGAGCUGAAAACUUACAUGACAAGAGGUUUCAGAGAUGUGAAGGAGAUGUGCAAGACCCACAACUGUGAUCUUCGUAUGGGAGCCUUUACCCUCGGAGUUAAUCGGGUUGCAAGGGCUACUGUUCUUAGGGGUUGGGAAGCCUGAGUUAAUUGGUUUACUUUUCAAAUAAAGGCUCCAAUGAUUCUCAACCAUAUUCCUGUUGAGAUCCUUUCGGUAUUCCUCUUGAGCGUGUGAUUUUACAAAGGGCUUUGUUGUUUACAUGCAUUCAAUAACACUACAGAGUUCAGAGUUUUUUUUUUUUUUUUUGUUUUUUUUUACUAGUUGUAUAAGUUUUUCGUUCUUCAUUUUAAUGUCAGCUUAAGGCUGACAGACUGGUCAGAGUAACAGCAACUCUCUCAUUUUAUAGCAAUAAAUCCUAAAUUUGAAG